AUGCCUCUUGUUCGGCCCCCACUACCGCCACGCCCGUCCUCAGCCUCAGCAAGCCAACAGACGACGGACUGUCCUCCUCUCAAACCAUGUUCACGAUCCUCUUUCGUAGAAGGACACAAGGAUUGGUUGCAAGUCGUAUCUCCUAGGGCCAUCCCAAACUUUGACAUUUGUCCCGAUUGCUACAACACUUCCUUCCGCAACACACGCUAUGGCUCCCUCAUGCGUGUGGGCCCUGCCAAGCCGGCAGGAAUUUCAUGCCAGUGUGAUUUUUCCUUGAGUUGGAUCAGAAUAGCGUACAUUUGGCUAUACCGACAAGGCCAGCCAGACCUAAGUUUGCUGGGAGCAGUAGCAGGCAUCCAACCCGACAAGGACGGCAUCUGUCCCAAUCUCAAUCUCGAAGAUGCUCAAGUAAAGCAAGGAGGAAAACCUGCCGUAACACGAACGUGGUACUGUCUCCGCGACCCACAAAGCGGCGCGCCAGUGGAAGAACUCACGGCCUGUUCCCAUUGCGUAUCCAAUGUCUCCACCAUCUUCCCCUGUCUCUCACGUAUCUUCGUCCCCGUAGCAAAUGGCCAAAGACUCCUCGCAACGUGCGAUCUCAUGAGCCUAGGCGACGCCCAACUGCGUAGUCUAGAAUACCUCGACCAAAUCGCCAAAACAGCCGCCUCAACUCUCGAUACCAAAACCCGUGAUCUCGGCCCUCUAGUCGAAUACAUCAGAAAAUGGGGCCCUGUACCCAUCUGCCGCAAAGGAAAAGAAGUCUUCAACGAGAAACGAUACAGUCUCCCCACCACCGUCCCCGAAUUCACCGCCUGCGAAGAAUGCUACCAUAGACACAUAUUACCACUCUACUCCGAAUCACCUAAACCCGCUUUCCUGUCCCACAUCAAGGAAGAGGGGGUGAAAGAAGGCGGCUUCAUGUGCGAUUUGUUUUCUCCGCGACUGCAGGGUUACUUCAACGAUGCAGUGCGUACAAACGACACCGAUACUUUUCGCCAGAAACUCAUGGCUAGGAACGAGAGGAUGCGCGAGAUUAAGAUGCAGCUUGUGAGAAUGAAGCAAGAGUGUCAGCAGUUGAAGAUGCAGGGGAAUAUGCAUAUGAGUCAGAUGAGGAUUGCGCAGAUGCAGGCUACGAGCCAGAGUACAAGUUGGAUGGCUACGGGAUGGAUUGGGCCGCCGAUUGAUUGGAGUGUGACGAAUGCGCAUAUGGCAAAGGCGAAUGAAAAGAAUAUGCAGGCAGCUGUUAUAGAGGAUAAUAUGACUGCAUUGGAGAAGGAGUGGAAUCAAUUUUGGCAGUGA